AUGAAUGAAUACUCUCAUCAAAAUGCUCCCGGGAAAUGGGAAGACCGAGAUCUUGAGCAAGCACAACCCGAACACGAGAAGGAGGAGCCAGAGGCGGCAUCGAAACUUGUCAAAUGGGAAGGACCUGACGAUCCAGAUGAUCCAAAAAACUGGAAGACGAGCAAGAAAUGGAUGGCAGUGAUUACCGUGUCGUGUUUUACAUUCAUAUCCCCAGCCUCAUCCUCCAUGGUAGCACCUGCCCUCGGUACCAUGGCGAAGGAUUUUCACGUAACCGACGAGAUCGAAUCUCAACUUAUGUUAUCAGUCUUCGUCCUUGCAUAUGCUGUCGGGCCACUUUUCCUUGGCCCUCUCUCAGAGAUUUACGGGAGAGUGCCUGUCCUCCAGCUGGCUAACCUGGUGUACCUUGUAUUCAACGUCGUAGGGGGAGUAGCAAAGUCCAAAGGCGAGAUGAUCGCCUUCCGGUUCCUUGCAGGACUUGGGGGCAGUGCUCCUCUAGCUAUCGGAGGUGGCGUAUUGAGCGAUCUCUUUACAUCAGAUGAACGUGGAAGGGCCAUCGCUAUCUACAGUCUUGCACCUCUUCUUGGCCCAGCCAUAGGACCCAUAGCAGGUGGAUUCAUAACAGAGAAUACCUCUUGGAGUUGGAUUUUCUACGCCACGUCAAUUGCAGACGGCGUGAUUCAGCUUGUCGGCCUCUUUUUCCUUCGCGAGACUUACACCCCCGUGCUACUCAAGCGCAAAGCAAAAAAGCUUCGCAAGGAAACCGGGGACCCCGGCUACCAAACAGAGGCCGAGAUGUUCAACAACCAAACAGUCCUCCAAAUUCUAGGUGCCUCACUUGUGCGCCCCUUCAAACUACUAACCACGCAACCGAUCGUCCAAUUCAUUGCCGUCUACAUGGCCUUCAUGUACGGUCUAAUGUAUCUCGUGAUGUCCACAUUCCCAACUCUCUGGACAGGCCCCUACAACGAGAGCAUCGGAAUUGGGUCCUUAAACUAUAUCGCCCUAGGUCUGGGCUACUGGGGCGGCUCCCAAAUCUGCGCCAUGCUAAACGACCGCAUUUACCGCAGACUCAAGAAGAAAAAUGGGCAGGGGAAGCCCGAAUUCCGGAUUCCUCUUCUCGUGGUCGCUGUUUUCUUCACACCCAUCGGACUGUUCAUAUACGGCUGGACAGCUCAGGCACACACACACUGGAUUGGUCCGGAUAUUGGCGCUUGCAUCUUUUCCAUUGGUAUCAUCACUGCUUUUCAAUGUAUGCAGACCUACAUCGUCGAUGCUUACACGAGGUAUGCGGCCAGUGCGUUGGCUGCGGCAGCUUGUUUACGUUCGCUCGCUGGUUUCGGGUUUCCGCUUUUUGCGCCGUAUAUGUAUCAAGCACUGGAUUAUGGUUGGGGGAAUAGUCUUUUGGCGUUUGUUUCCAUUGGGCUUGGUGUGCCGGCUCCUAUCUUCCUGUGGUUAUAUGGUGAGAAGCUGAGGAAGAUGAGUACGUAUGCUGCUGGCUGA